AUGUCGCGUCAGCCAUGCGCAAGUAUCCGCCCGAAUCCUUCUCCAUCCACUGCAAAGGUGACGUGUGCAGGAACGACGUCGUGCUUUUCAAGCAGUGCCUGUUUAAAGGGCACAAGAAAACUGUCCGGGGUGUCUGCAAGUGGCGGGACGAGUGAUUAUCGAGAGCUACGGCGAGUUGAAGCAGCAACACACCUUCACUGUGGAGGUGCUCUGGAGCUUGGGCCUGCAGCCUCUGCCGCCACUCAAGCAGCACAUGCUGAAGGGCAGAAAGCUGUACGGCUUCUCAACCCAUCGCCAGCCUUGGCCCAACGAGGCGGAGAGAGUAGCAGUGCUGGCUGA